CAUCAUCCAUCGUUCACACAACUAGAGCACAAGCAGAAAAUCAAAGUACGUAGUAGUUAACGCAAAUCCACCAUGAAGACCUUACUCAUCCUGACAAUCCUUGCGAUGGCAAUAACCAUCGGCACCGCCAAUAUCCAGGUCGACCCUAGCGGCCAAGUACAAUGGCUACAACAACAACUAGUCCCCCAGCUCCAACAGCCAUUAUCCCAGCAACCACAACAAACAUUUCCCCAACCUCAACAAACAUUCCCCCAUCAACCACAACAACAAGUUCCCCAGCCUCAGCAACCACAACAACCAUUUCUCCAGCCCCAACAACCAUUCCCCCAACAACCACAACAACCAUUCCCCCAGACUCAACAACCACAACAACCAUUUCCAGAGCAACCACAACAACCCCAACAACCAUUUCCCCAACAACCACAACAACCAUUCCCCCAGACUCAACAACCCCAACAACCAUUUCCCCAGCUCCAGCAACCACAACAACCUUUUCCCCAGCCCCAACAACAAUUGCCGCAGCCCCAACAACCGCAACAAUCAUUCCCCCAACAACAACGGCCAUUCAUUCAACCAUCUCUACAACAACAGUUGAACCCAUGCAAGAAUAUCCUCUUGCAACAAUGCAAACCUGCGUCAUUGGUGUCAUCCCUCUGGUCAAUAAUCUGGCCACAAAGCGAUUGCCAAGUGAUGCGGCAACAAUGCUGCCAACAACUAGCACAGAUUCCUCAACAGCUCCAGUGCGCAGCCAUCCAUAGCGUCGUGCAUUCCAUCAUCAUGCAGCAGCAGCAGCAACAACAACAACAACAACAACAAGGCAUGCAUAUCUUUCUGCCACUAUCUCAGCAGCAACAGGUGGGUCAAGGUUCUCUAGUCCAAGGCCAGGGCAUCAUCCAACCACAACAACCAGCUCAAUUGGAGGCGAUCAGAUCAUUGGUGUUGCAAACUCUUCCAUCCAUGUGCAACGUGUAUGUCCCACCUGAGUGCUCCAUCAUGAGGGCACCAUUUGCCAGCAUAGUCGCGGGCAUUGGUGGCCAAUGAAAAACUGAAGAGCUAUACUAAUAGGUAGAUGGAUCAUCGUUGCUUAGCUGAUGCACCAAUCGAUGUAACGAUGACAAAUAAAGUGGAGUGCACCAUCAUGUGUGACACCGGCCAGUGCUAGUUCAAGCUUGGGAAUAAAAGACAAACAAAGUUCUUGUUUGCCA